AUGAGAGAUGAUAACUUUGCCAACAAUAGAAAAGGGGGUUCCGCCUCACUUCUCAAUUCAAAUGACUUCAAGGGGCAAAUCAAAGAGAGUGGAAUUGUAUAUGUCCUUGUUGGGAAAGAGGAACAACAGUCUCAAAUGGUGCCAAAAUGUGUGAGGGAGUUGGUAGAUGAAUAUAGAGUAGUGAUGCCCAAGGACUUACCUAACCUGCCACAUUGCCAUAUGAGUCUAAAAGGACAUGAAGAACUUGAGAGUGCUGUGGAUAGGUCUACAGGGAAGAGUCCUUCUCAAAGAGUGUAUGGAAGGAAUCCAAAUCAGGCUGUUGACAUUUUGUAUGUAUCAAUUCAACCACAAGCUAGUGAUGAUGCUAUAGAUUCAAGAAUAGGUUCAAAAGAGAAUGGUGGAUACGAACCAGUGCAACAAAGAGCCUGUUGA